AUCACAAAGGCAAAAUUUCACUUCCUGGUCCACAUCCCGGCGUACAUACGACAUUUUGGUCCUGCUCUCCUCUUUUCUACAGAACGUUUCGAAUCCUUCAAUCAUGUAUUCAGAUUAGCAGCAAUCUACAGUAACCGCCAGGCUCCAAGUCGUGACACGUGCAAUGCAUUUGCCAUGCAGGACAUUGUCAAGCACAUCGUUACAGGAGGUUUUUGGGUAGAUCCGAAAACAAAA